AUGACUGCGCUUAGAGUCUCAGAAAUCAAUACAAAACAAUAUAAUUUGAAUUUACCCAUCAGUAAUGAUAUCAAUAAUACAGAUUUCCCUCUAGAUGACAAACUAAAAGUCAUACAGUAUACAGAUGAGAAUGAAGAGUCCAUCAUUGAUAAUUUUAUAUUGCCAUUAAGCUCGGGUGCUGAAAUUUCCAAUACAUAUCAAAAGCCUAAUUUGUCUAAGAUUAGAAAUCUAUUAACAACUUUUCAUAUUGACGAGGGAGAAUCCUUACCAUUAAUGAAACCUAGGUUUAUAAAAGAAACACCUUUUGAAUUUCAUUCAAAGUAUAAUAGUGACAGCUCUUACAUAAAUAUACCAAGAUUAUCUGUUACCAAGCUCCUCACAUUUCAAUGGUGUGAAUUAAGAGACUUUUAUACCAUAUUCUCAGGAUCUCCUGUUAAAGAAGAAACUAAAGAAAUGAAGCUAGGAACUGAAGCACAUCUCAAACUCGAAUUAGAAACUCACAAGUUGAUUGAGGUUGAAGAUAUGGAAAGGAUAACGGAUACUUUUGUUGAAACGAUGCUUGAAAGUUUCAGAAAUCAUAUGAAAACUCUAACGGAGCCAGAUGAUAUAUUGCAGGCAAAAGAAGAUCUAACUGAUAUUACAGAACUAUUAUGCGGAGCUGUAGCUGAAUCAUCGAUGGCUAAUGAAUGGAUGGGUAAGAUAAUUAGCCGAUUAUUCGCUCUUGCUACUACUUCGGAAGCGAGAGAAGUAUUGGUACAUGGCUACCUAGACUUUAACACUUCACGAUUCACAUCUAAAUUGCUUGAUUUCCAACAGAAUCAACUGAAUCAUGUUUUAGUAAGUGGAGUUGUGGAUUACUUAAAGUUGUUCAAUCCAAAUGAUAAAACUGAUUAUUCUAUGUUCAAGGAUAUACAAGAUCACGUCGAAUUUACAUACCUGUCCCAAAACAAGCGUCAGUUGAUUGACUUAUCUCAAUUUCUCGUGGAUGUUGCUCCUAUUAUCAAUGAAUAUUCCGAUACAUAUAUGUUAGGGGUAACCGACGUUAAAACCCGGUCUUGGAAUAGACUCCCUCAACAAGAGUCUGUCCUUCAAGCUGCAAAACUACAGGCUAGCUAUUAUAGAAAAAUGUUUGGGGUUUUGGCGGGGGAAUUCGAUAGCAUGGAAAUCGGUUACGAAAUGCUACUUGAGAAUGCUAAGAGAAGAAAGCUAGACGUCGAUAAACCAAUAUCAAUAAAGACCGCAUUAUCGCUUUUGAAAGCAAAUCAUAAUAUUAUAUAUAAAGAUUAUGUUAAAUUGGCUAAUGGAGAAGCUAUUGGAUUUGAACCCUUCGAUAAAUUUGUUGAAGAGGAAUACUUAAAUAAAAGGUCUAAUUACAACUUUGCUCGACUUCUCAACGGAUCAACUAAAGAAGAUUUUAUUUCUCAAGUAAAAUCAUCAGACAAGGAUGGUUUCGAUCUUGAGGGGAUCUUAAACUCUGAAAUCUUAAAAACUUGGAAGAUUCCGUUAACAUUGAGAUAUUUUGCUGCAAGAUCUUCACAGUUAUUUCAUUUGUGUAAGCCUUUUUUGAGCGAUUCAUUGUCUAUCGAGUAUCAUAAUGUUAAGAACAAUCAAUGUUUUCACACAAACUACUAUACUUAUAAUUCAGAUGAAGUAGACGAAGUUACUGCAAGUGCCUCUACAUUUUGGAACGGUUCCAGACCUCCUGUCCCUGUUCAAGACCUAUCGAAAUGUAAUUAUUGCGAUUUUUCAUCUAGGUGUCUAAUUCCAAACCCACAUAAAAAGGUCCCUGGUAGUUACGGAUCUGUUGGAUCAAAAAUGAAACAUUUCAUUCAAAGCUAA